UUUCACUUCCUGCAUCUGUUCGAUUCGUUUUGGUUCUCUGAUCAUUGCGAUUAAGUGACGAUGGGAGUGAACUGAUGGAUCUUUGGGAAAUGGACGAAUUUAGUCAGCGGGUGUUUAGCAUUUCCGAGUUAUGCGUCUCAAAUGCUGAUUUUUAGCUAACCCGUAUGCAAUGUCGAUCGUAGAGUUUUGCGGGACAAAUUGGGUGAUAUCUUCUAUUGUAUGGCGCCUUAAGACUGCUGAUUUGUUGUUGAGGGUUUUUUGAUCCUGAGAUUUUUGUUCAUUCUGAGCUGCCAAAUUACGCUUGUUAACGGUGAAAAAGAUUAUUUCUAAUUAGAUGAUGAGCAGUAUUCCAGGUUAAUGUUUGGUAAACGUCAAAGUCUAUCCGUUCUAUGGUCCAUGGUAGUCUGGUCGCCUUGCAACAGCAUCAUGCUAUUCCUGUCCGCUCCUUCGCCAAGGAAGCUGCUCGCCCUACAUUUAAAGGAGACGAGAUGUUGAAGGAAGUCUUCAUGGAGAUCAAGACCAAAUUUUUGGCUGCAGUUGAUAUUCUUCGUAAAGAAAAGAUCACCAUUGAUCCAGAUGAUCCAGCUGCUGUACGACAGUAUGCGAAUGUCAUGAGGACAAUAAGACAAAAGGCAGAGACGUUCUCAGAAUCUCAACGGAUUCAGUUCGAUAUCGAGACUGAGACUAAGGAGAUUCCAGAUGCCCGUGAAUACUUAUUGAAGUUGCAGGAAAUUCGCCAGAGGAGGGGCCUUUCUGAUGAGCUUGGUGCCGAGGCUAUGAUGUUUGAGGCUCUCGACAAAGUUGAAAAGGAAAUAAAGAAGCCUCUUUUGAGAGACGACAAGAAAGGAAUGGCUCUUUUAAUGACAGAAUUUGACAAAAUCAACAAGAAGAUUGGAAUCCGAAGGGAAGAUCUUCCCAAAUAUGAGGAAGAGUUGGAACUCAAAAUUGCCAAAGCACAGUUGGAGGAGCUGAAGAGUGAUGCCGUUGAAGCCAUGGAAGCUCAGAAAAAGAAGGAGGAGUUCCAGGACGAGGCUAUGCCGGACGUGAAGUCACUGGACAUCCGUAACUUCAUAUGAGGUUUAGUCUGAACUGAACAUUUGAUUCGUUUUUGUGAUGUUGUCUCUCAGUCUCAGACAGAAGGCAACUGAUCCUUUAAUAAACGCACCAGGAUCCAAAAGUGGUCGCAGCCAAAUGGGUUUGCUUCUUCUUCUUUUUGUUCAUACUGUUCGUUUUUUCA